AGCUACCUCCUUUUGAGAAGGAUAGAUAAACUCGUGACCAACCACAUUCCCAGUCCCAUAUUCUUAGUACAAAUAAGAAAUUCACACCCCUCAAAGAAAUAUAACAUAAUCAAUCAUAGGAAAUAUACUUCGCAUAAUGACGAUAAUGAUCAAGUUUCUCCUGUUAGCUCUGCUCGUGAUCUCUCCGAUUUGCGCCGAGAAGGACCUGAUGAAAGAGGAAUGCCAUAAUGCACAAGUUCCGACCAUUUGCAUGCAAUGUCUUGAAUCCGACCCAACCUCCGUUCAUGCAGACCGUGUUGGCAUCGCCGAGAUCAUCAUACACUGUCUCGACUCUCGUCUCGAUAUCAUCACCAAUAACAUUACAAAUAUAUUGUCACUGGGAGGAGGAACGAAAGAAGUGAGAAAAAUCUUGGAGGAUUGCAGAAAUGACACGUCGACGGUGGCACCUAAACUACUGUCGGAAGCCAAAACAGGUCUGAAAACCGGUGAUUACGACAAAGCCGCCAAAUCGAUAGAGUAUGCUAGCAUUCCUCAUAGCUGUGGAUUAAAGCAACCAAGUGUCGAGUUUGAGUUUCUUCAACUGUUUAGUCAAAUCAGUAUCUAUACUCAACUCUCUGAUGCUGCCAUGAGAAUCAUUGAUCGCUUCUAAUUACUCCACCUUUUUAUCUCUAUGUAACUCAACAACAUCGAUGCUUACCAUGCAUCCCCCAUAUAAAUAAAUGAUUCCCUCUUUUAUCACGAUU